GUCUCAUCAUUCUCUUUUUUUGCAUUUUCUUCCUCCACACGCAACCUCUGAAAAACCCUAAAUUUUAAAAACAAAUGGAUUCCACGGAGCUAAAUCGUGUGUUCCAAAUGUUUGACAAGGAUGGAGACGGUAGGAUCACUACAAAGGAGCUGAACGAGUCAUUAAAGAACCUCGGUAUCAUAAUCCCCGAAAACGAGCUAACGCAAAUCAUCCAAAAGAUUGAUGUUAAUGGUGACGGUUGCGUUGACAUUGAAGAGUUUGGAGAGCUUUACAAGACGAUAAUGGUUGAAGAUGAGGACGAGGUAGGAGAAGAAGAUAUGAAGGAAGCGUUCAAUGUAUUUGAUCGGAACGGAGAUGGGUUUAUAACGGUGGAUGAAUUGAAAGCAGUUUUAUCUUCCUUGGGACUCAAGCAAGGUAUGAGCUUGGAGGAAUGUAGGAAGAUGAUAAUACAAGUGGAUGUUGAUGGUGAUGGUAGGGUUGAUUACAAGGAGUUUAGACAAAUGAUGAAAAAGGGUCGGUUUUUUAGCUCUUUGAGCUGAUAAUAACUUUUUUUUUCUCUU